AUGGUGAGUUCAAUAAAUGAGUACUUGCUCACUGCUUACACACCGGACCAUGAUCAACUUCCCUGCCACACUCUCAUGAUCCCCCUGCCCGCCAUCUGCAGGUUACACCGUGCCAGCUGGACCCAGACGGAGCUCUUUCUUACCUUUCCACCUCCAGUUCUGAAAUCCAUUACUCCCAUACCUCACGACACGCCAGAAGCCAGCGGACGCUUCCGCCUCUGGCUUGCCACUGAAAACAAAAAUCAUUCAAAGGAUCCCCUUAUCGAGCUGAUCUGGGACAGGAAGACCCAAGGGGGUUUUCCGGAACUAAAAGAUCUGAAACAAGGAAUACGUGAUAGGAUCCAACCAAACCUCUCUCUGGGACACUCGGACAAGAAGACGAAAGAGUAG